GUCAAUUCCAUCGGACUUGAACGCAGCAUGCGGAAGCAGCUCCUGCAGACUGCUGUGGUCACAGGCUAAACCAGAAAGGCAGCUCAUCACUACUUAGAGGACGGUGGUAGCGAGCUAGUAAGCAGUAACCCCAAAGCUUUACACAGGGCAGCGUAUUAUAUUUAAUUUGGAUGGCUGCAAUGCAUGUGACGUUAGUGACUGGUGGCUAACUAGCUGCAGAGACGCCGUGAAGCUGCCUCUCCCAGUGCUGCCGCCCCUUCGCAGCUCGUCAAAAUGUCAGCUUUUUCUGAGGCAGCUUUAGAGAAGAAACUGACCGAGCUCAGCAACUCGCAGCAAAGUGUGCAGACGUUGUCGUUGUGGCUCAUUCAUCACAGAAAACACUCGAGGACUAUUGUCAAUGUUUGGAUCAACGAACUGAAAAAAGCUCAGGUAUCACGCAAGCUGACCUUCCUUUACUUGGCCAAUGACGUCAUUCAGAACAGCAAGAAGAAAGGACCAGAAUUCACACAGGACUUUGCACCGGUCAUCGUUGAUGCAUUCAAACAUGUAUCCAGAGAUGGCGAGGAGGGCUGUAAGAAACAGUUGGGUCGGGUUUUGUCUAUCUGGCAGGAGAGAGCUGUGUACGAGAUCAACCUGCUGGAUCAGCUCUCACAAGUCCUUUAUGGAGAGAAGAAGGCUAAGAAGAGGCCGUAUGAGGAGAUCCGACCAGAUGAUGAGGACUUUGCUUCCCAGAGUUCCCCGGCUGAGCCUCCGCAGACAGCAGAGUUAAUCCGAGCUCUUCAGGAGCUGGAAAAUGCAGCCUCUGGCGACUCAGUGCUGCGUCAGCGCAUCUCAUCCCUUCCUGCUGAGGUGCAAGACACGUCACUGCUUCACAGGAUCACAGAUAAGGAAUCGGGGGAGCGUCUCUCCCGGCUGGUGGAGGAGGCCUGCAUGUUGCUAGCAGACUACAGUGGCCGCUUGGCAGCGGAGAUCGACGAUAGACGGCAACUCACUCGCACACUAACGGUCUUCCUGCAAAGCCAGAAGGACGGCCUGACCCAGAACGAGCAGAAACUUGAAGUGCGUAAAUCAAUUUUCUUUCAAUUACUGUACGUCUCGUCCACCUCACCUUUGUGUCACCAUUAUUGUUUCUCGUGUUCAUCUGUCUUGUGUAUCUGUGUCCUCAGACAUCUUUUGAAUAAACAUUUCUUUUCAUGUAUUUCAGCAUGUUGCAUACUUCUGCUGAGUGCCUGUCAUGUUGCUGAAUUAGACUCUCGAUUUCAGACUGUAGAUUUAAAUUUCAUUGACAGGCCUUCUGGAGAGUAUCCUGAUUAGAUACACUUGGAAUCAUUAUAACAUUUUCCCUUCUCACUAGGAGAUACUUGUUUGUCAUUUAACCCGGUUCAAUCUUUACUCCAUAUACAGGAUAUACGUCUAUAUAUCUCAGUAUAUAUCUAUAUCGGUAAGUAUCGGCCAAAGCACUUGACCUUGAAAAACUACAUGUUUUCUUUUUUGUGGUGACAAUAACUGUCCAGUCUUUAUCCACAGGCUACCAAGAGGAUAAAGUAUUUCAUAUGUGUAUCUUCACUCAGUCAAGUCUUUUGUAAUAAAACAAAACCUGAAAAUAAAAAAUAAAAAUGAUUUUGUGAGUGCUUUUAUUUUGCUGCUCAUGGUGGUACAUUUUCAAUUUUGAAGAUGGUCUAUAUUAACAGUAUUUAUUGUUUUUGUAGUAUUGACAGUAAAUGUUACCUAGACACUUGAGGUUAAAUUGAGCUCAAUUCAAUAGAAAUCAAAUCACUCAAAUAGAGGAAAACUUAUAACGUUAUUAGAGGUCAAAACAAAGAUUUUACAAAUCUUGUUACAGGGAAAGAUUGUGUUGCCUGUAUUUUUUUUUUUUUUAUUGGUGACAUGAUUAGAUAUUAAUGGAAACUAAUGUAAAUUUGCAGUGUGUUACUCGCACAAAAUUUGGUGAGGAAAGCAGUUUUUCUAGCACAACACACUGACAUGUAUCAGCUGUAAACGUAUACAAUAAACACACGCAUGCAGCAAAGAUGAUACCUUUGAGUGACACUACAUGUUGCUGUGUCUUUAAAAACAUGAUUUAUAGGUGGCUUUGCUAUCUGACCCUCAGUUGUGUCAGCCAUUCAUUCAUAGUCUAAUCGGCCACUACGACUUCCCUGCAGAUCUGUUAGGUGUCUUGUUCAGAGAGUAAAAUACACCUAAAUACUUGAACCCUCUUUUCUUUGUGUAUUCUCAAUCGACUGGAGGAAGAAAGUUUGUUUACAUUUUGAUAAUCUUACACAUGUUUCUUAGAUGGAAGUGAAACUAAACUGUGUAACUAGUUAGUCUUAUAGAUGUGGCAAAUGUAGUGAUGCAUUAAUUUUGCUCAACUCUCAUAAUAAAUGUAGGUGUUUGAAAGAGUACAAUGGGUUGCAGCUUAGUGGACAAACACUUUUGUUUAACAUGCUCACGCAACUCUUUUCAAAUGAGGCUUAACUGUGAACACAACAUGUUCGUUGUAUUUAGCCAGAAAUCAAAACUUUGUGUCAUUCAACUUAAGUUAGACUUUUAACUAACUCCCCAUUCUGUAAUACAAAAUGCAAUACAAAGUUAUCAUAUCAAUGACAUAACCUUAUUUCUAUUUUUGAACGGUCUUCAUAUCCUUUUCUUCACAUUUCCUAAUUACAUGAUGUCAAUCCAUUACAACUGUCUACUUGUCACUAAAUCACAAUGUCACUAACUCCAGCUAUAAGAUAUUUGAGCUCUGAUGA